AUGAAAAUAAUAUCGGAUGAAAUAAAAUCAAAAGAUAGUAAUGACAAUGAUUUUGAAACUUGUUGCAAUAAAUAUCGAAGUCUUUUAAAUGGAGAACAUAGGGCUAGAAGAAAAUAUGAAAACUUUGUCUUUAUUCAAAUAUGUGAAAUAUUAUUGUAUUAUAUUGAGAAAAUUGAUCUUGAAAAGUAUUUUCCAUCAUUAAAUAAAUUGAUGAUCGAUUGGAAAAAUUUAUUAAUGACACAAGAUGGAUUCGAACCGAAAGUUAUUCAUGUUUUUAGACAAUUUGAAGAAGAUCUAAAGAAAAUUGUUCUUUCAAAUGUAACAUGUAGAAUAGGUUUUAUUGGUAAAACAAGUGUAGGAAAAACUUCAAUAUUAUAUGAUAGAAGAAGAUUUGUAGAUAAAACUACAACAAAUUCACAAACAGAAAUUUCUUCAAACAUAAAACCUAUGUCUCCAAUUCGUGUUGGUAAAAGUACAUUAUGUCUAUUGGAAUUUGAUCAUAAAUAUAUAAAUGGUAAAAAUGUAAUCUUCGUUGAUAUUGAAGGAUCAACUGAUGAAGAGACAAAUUUAAAAUCAGGAAAUUAUUUGGAUGAAACAAGAAAAGUAGAUUGUGAUUUAUAUAUAUUAGUUUGUGAACAUCAAUUCAAAUAUAUUUACAAAUAUUGGUAUGAUUAUAUUGUAGAUACAUUGGAUCGUACAUGUUGGUUUGUACGAAAUAAAAUAGAUGAUUUAUUUCUUCGAACAUUUCAACAAGAUGUUGGCCAAGAUUUUAAUGAAUUCAAUGAAAUAAUAAGAAAUCAAUCUGCAGAAAAAAUAAUUAGACAAAUUCGAGAAUCUAUUAGUUAUGACAGACAUAGAAAAAAAUUAUCGAAUUUAUAUUUAACAUUUUUUUUUUCGAAUAUAAAUGAUCUUAAUCAAAAUCUAUUUGAAAUGUUAUAUGGAAAAUUUGAUAUCGAACGAUUAAUUAAUGAUAUUGAAAAUUGA